GAAGAAAAGGAUGCAAUUAAAGGACAAUAUGAAAAACUUAUGGAGGCUUACGGCUGCUUAGGAGAGCUUCAACUUAAAUGUGGUAACACUCGACUGCACUUUCUGGUCCUGGUGACAGGCUGUACGUCGGUGGGAAAAAUCCUGGACGCUGAAGUUUACAAAAUUACUGCAACAGAUUUCUGUCCUCUCCAGGAAGAAACCAAGGAGGAGGAGCGCGUUACUGCCUUGAAGAAAAUACUGAACUCUGGGAUGUUCUAUUUCUCCUGGCCUAAUGCAGGCUCAAAUUUUGACCUGACUGUGCGGGCUCAGAAGCAGGGUGAUAACCACUAUGAAUCUGGUAACUCGUUCUUCUGGAACCAGCUAUUGCAUGUGCCCUUCAAACACUACCAGGUGAACUGCUCUGACUGGUUGCUGAAAGUGAUCUGUGGUGUGGUGGACAUUCGCACUGUUUAUGCUUCCCACAAGAAGGCGAAAGCCUGCCUCAUCUCUCGCAUCAGCUGUGAGCGAGCUGGUGCCCGGUUUCACAUUCGAGGCGUCAGUGAUGACGGACAUGUGUCUAACUUCGUUGAGACAGAGCAGACAAUUUACUUGGACGAUGAUGUCUCUUCCUUUGUGCAGAUCAGAGGUUCUGUUCCACUGUUUUGGGAGCAACCGGGGCUUCAGGUCGGUUCUCAUCAUCUGAGGCUUAACAGAGGUCUGGAAGCUAAUGCUCCUGCCUUUGACAGGCAUAUGAUGCUUCUGAAAGAGCAGUAUGGAAAACAAGUGAUCGUUAACCUAUUGGGAAGCAGAGGAGGGGAGGAGGUGCUCAACAGAGCUUUUAAGAAACUGCUAUGGGCCUCUUCCCAUGCGGCAGACACUCCCAUGAUAAACUUUGACUACCACCAAUUUGCAAAAGGUGGGAAAACUGAGAAACUGGAAAAUUUACUGAGGCCUCAGCUGGAGUUGCACUGGGAAGACUUUGGAAUAUUCACAAAGGGCGAGAAUGUAAGUCCACGUCUGCAGACAGGUACUUUUCGAAUGAAUUGUUUGGACUGCCUGGAUCGUACUAAUAGCGUACAGUCCUUCAUUGCACUGGAGGUCCUGCUUGCUCAAUUAGAGAGCCUUGGGUUGAACUCUAAAUCUGUAAUUGAGCGCUUUGUGGAAUCAUACAAAGCAAUGUGGACUGUCAACGGUCAUAAUCUGAGCAGAGUAUUUACUGGCAGUCGUGCCCUCGAGGGGAAGCACAAGGUUGGGAAACUCAAGGAUGGCGCCCGCUCAGUGUCUCGCACCAUUCAGUCAAAUUUUUUUGAUGCAGUAAAGCAGGAAGCCAUCAAGUUGCUGCUCAUGGGUGACUUCUUCAGUGAGGAAUAUGCAGACAAAGCCAAGAUGCUCAUGGACAACACUGCCCUGCUAGUAACUCCAAGUAUUUUGAAGGCCAUGUCAGAGCGUCAGUUUGAAUUCACAAGUUUCAAGCGUGUCCGUGUUGCCACGGGGACCUGGAACGUGAACGGAGGGAAGCAGUUUCGAAGCAACAUCCUCGGUACCAGUGAAUUGACAGACUGGCUGCUGGAUUCUCCCAAGCUCUCUGGAGUUUCUGAAUUUCAGGAUGAUGAGAGCUGCCCUCCUGACAUAUUUGCAGUGGGAUUUGAAGAGAUGGUUGAACUAAGUGCAGGGAAUAUUGUGAAUGCCAGCACAACGAAUAGGAAAAUGUGGGGAGAGCAGCUUCAAAAAGCUAUUUCCAGGACUCAUCGCUACAUUCAGCUGACAUCAGCACAGCUUGUUGGUGUUUGUCUUUUCAUCUUUGUACGACCCUAUCAUGUCCCAUUCAUCAGGGAUGUAGCAGUGGACACCGUGAAGACAGGAAUGGGAGGAAAAGCUGGAAAUAAAGGGGCAGUGAGCAUUCGUUUUCAGUUCUAUAGUACCAGUUUCUGCUUUAUAUGCAGUCACUUAACUGCUGGGCAGACUCAGGUGAAAGAGAGGAAUGAAGAUUAUAAAGAAAUCACACAGAAGCUCAGCUUCCCAAUGGGGCGGAGUGUAUUCUCACAUGACUAUGUCUUCUGGUGCGGUGAUUUUAACUAUCGCAUUGAUCUAACAUAUGAGGAAGUCUUCUAUUUUCUCAAACGUCAAGACUGGAAGACACUUUUGGAAUUUGAUCAACUACAACAGCAAAAAUCCAGUGGAAAAAUUUUUAAAGACUUCCAUGAAGGGACUAUAAAUUUUGGACCAACAUAUAAAUACGACGUUGGCUCGGAGGCUUAUGAUACAAGUGAUAAGUGCAGAACCCCAGCUUGGACUGACAGAGUGCUUUGGUGGAGAAAGAAACUGCCUUUUGAAAAAACAGCUGGAGAGAUCAAUCUUCUAGACAGUGAUCUGAAUGCUGAAACUAAAGUCAGGCACACCUGGACCCCUGGAGCCUUGAUGUACUAUGGGAGAGCGGAGCUGCAAGCAUCUGACCACAGGCCAGUGUUAGCUAUUGUAGAAGUGGAAGUUCAGGAAGUUAAUCAAGCUGCCCGUGAGAGUGUUUUCCAGGAAGUGUCGUCUUUCCAGGGACCGCUGGAUGCCACAGUAGUGGUAAAUCUGCCAUCGCCAACGCCUGAAGAGAAAAAUGAUUUUCCGGAGGACUUGCGUACAGAGCUUAUGCAAAUAUUUGAGGAUUAUGGCACUAUUGUUCUGGUCAGGAUCAGUGGAGGUCAAAUGCUGGUGACAUUUGCAGACAGCAAGUCAGCUCUUCGUGUUAUGGAUAUGGACGGUGUCAAAGUCAGAGGCAGAACAGUGAAGAUCCGGCCCAAGACCAAGGACUGGCUAAAGGGCCUUCAGGAGGAAAUUGCUCGAAAGCGGGACAGCAUUGCCCCCACGUCCCCCACAGCAAACUCCUGUCUUCUGGAAGAAAAUUUUGACUUCUCUACUUUGGACUAUGACUCAGAAGGUGAUAUAGUGGAGGAUGAAGAUGAUUAUUUAGAUGAUGCUUUGUGUCAAGACCUAGUAGCAGACACAGCAGAAGAUAUGCCUGAGGGCUGUGGACAUUUCACCUCCAUAGAUCAUGCAAACAAAUCUGGACAAAACUCACGGCUGUAUAAAGAUGAUACAGACCUGGCUGAUUUGAAGCGAGAGCUGGAGGCAAGCGGGGAAUGCCGCCGCCGGACUCCCAGCAGGUCUCUGUCCAUUCCUACCAGGCCUCGGCCACUUCAGCCGCCACAGAGGCCUCCCCCUCCUGCUGGAACAUCAGGCAAAAAGUCCCCCUCAGAUGGUGCCCUCUGUCCAGGAAGCCACUCCACCUGCUCCAUCCUGGCAACGGCAAAGCUGCUACCCGGAGCCCCUCAGCAGCCACCUAAAGUCCGGACUGGAAUAAGUAAACCUUACAAUGUCAAGCAGAUCAAAACCACCACAGCUGAGGAAGCAGAAGAAGCUAUUAGAUGUCUUAUGGAAGCUAAAGCAGGACUACAGGAAGAUGCACUAAAGUCUGCUCCGACUAGAAACCAGGUGUUCGCCAAACCCGAGCCUCUCCCCAGCAUCACAAAGUCAGCAUCAGUUCAAGGGUCGCAAGCAGGACCAGUGCUUGUGCCCCAUCGCCCACCACCCAAAGUUCCAGCUACGAAGAAGCCAGUACCUCUGCAAAGGACCGGAGUCAAGGCGGAAAAUGCCGUGUCUACAGAAGAGCAGUUCAACCAGCAGACAGUCCAGUCUCCUUUCGACUUGCCAGAGCCCUGCCUGGAAGCCGGAGCUAUUCUCAGUCCAACCAGGGUGACUCCGGUCCCUAAGCCCAGAACACCCCAACCUGGGAAGCCCCAGGAGAGCAGGGGGAGCAGUGAAAGGCAGCCACUCUCGGCAAGCACGGCCGAGGCCAGCGCGCUGCCUCCCCCCAGCGCUCCCUUUGCCCCAAAGGUGCCACCACGCAGAAAGAAGUCAGCUCCUGCAGCUCUUCAUCUGCAAGUUCUCCAGAGCAGCGACAACCCGCUUUUUAGUGGGUUAACGUUCAACUCCAACGCCAGCAAUCCCGGGCCCUGCCCCCAGCCUCCGGGCGCUUGCGUCCCCUCGCAGUCUGCUCUCUCGGCUCCGCCAUCCUCUGCCAGCCCAGAAAACACCACAACCACACAGCUGGCACCAAGUGCUGCAGAACCAGUGGCGGACCUUCAGGGCCCUCCCGCACCAGAAGGCCAGCAUCCACAACUCGCAGACACCAGCUCCCUUCCGGAGAACGCCAGUCUUUUGGACCUGGACACGGAUUCUUCCUGCCCUCUUCCCAUACAGGUGGCAUCAGCUGCUUCUCCAGCGCACACUCCAGAAAAUUUAAAAAGCCCCAGCUUGAAAGGUUUCAGUCACUGGGUUACAUUUAGUGAUGACGAAGACAGUGGUGCGCUGUCGGAAGGGCUCAAACAACUCCUUGUCUUAGAACAAAACAAAACCACCUUGAUGAACGCAAACACUAAUUUAGAAUUGUAA